UAUGCAAGGCUGUGCAAUCAGGCAGCACAAAACAGAAUCCAACAGCUUCCUGAAACUCAGGAGUGGACACUACAGCUUUGACCACCUAAGGCACCUGCUCCAAAGCUUAUAACUCCAUUUGUCAUUCUGAGGUCUGCUUAUCCUGUACCGCAAGGAUGGAGCCAGUGCUAGGCGUAAAAAUUGGCUGCCUCUUUGCCCUGCUGGUUCUUACGCUGGUCUGUGGCCUUAUUCCCAUCUGCUUCAAAUGGUUCCAGAUUGAGGCAGCCAGAGGUCGUCACCGCCAGGUCCUCAGCCUCCUGGGCUGCGUUUCUGCCGGUAUUUUCCUGGGAGCAGGUUUCAUGCACAUGACUGCUGAAGCCCUGGAGGGAAUUGAGUCGGAGAUCCGGAAGGUCAUGAUGCAGAACAGGACAGAGAGUGGGGGAAAUUCUUCUGGAGAUGCUGAUUCAGCUUCUGAAAAAUAGAGACUUCUGACUGGCCUGCUGAACCAGAUUUCCAUUUUUGCACCAAUAAAUGACUCUCUGAAGCAACCCCUUGCAGCUCCCACCACCUGCCCUCUGCUUGCAGGUUGAAGGUUGGGUUUGGAUAUUGCAGUUGUAAGGUGAUAAUAUGUGAAGACAAUGAGAUGGGGAACCGCAUCAAAGAGAAACCAGUUUAGCAAAUGUACCAGAGCAGGGUGGGAGGUCCCUCAGAGAACAAGAUUCACCCAGGACAAAACCCAAAGAGCUGUAGGCAAACUUGUGAGAUCAUUUAUGCCACUUCACCUAUCCCAUGAAGGACAAUUUUCCAAGGUCUUGCCUCACUCACGAUCGGACACUGUUGAUUCUGGCUCUGAUAGAUAGACUACAAGGACUGGAGGCCUGAGUCGGAGUGGGGUGGUACAUUGGGUGUGCCAACCAGUCAGAUACCCUCAGGCUCCCCCACUGACCUAAGGGAGGAGCCCAUGGACACUACCAAAGGUGAAGCAAAAGGGGUGCAGACAGGGAUGCUUAAAGUUUUCGAUUAUUUCCUUUUUAUUCUAUUUUGUUGAGUUGCUACUUUUAGAUUUGUUAAAUGUCAAAUACACAAUGCAUUCUACUUUUGCUAUAUAUCCAUCCCACGUGCUUCAGUUUCACUGUUUGUGUACUUCCAAGAAUUACCCUUUAAAAUCCUCUUCAUGAGUUCCACAGUUUUCAAGUGGACACUGCAGUGCUCUCAUCACUGUAUUCUUCAGUUUUAUUCUCCUUCCCAAUGAGCCAUCUCUUAGCUAUCUUGGACUUCUGUCCCUUCAGUCAGGGAAACACAUUCCUUGAGAUUGAAAGAAAGAAACAGGAGUCCUAAGGCUGAAGCAGAGACAAAAAGUAAGGAGUUUGUGGUUCAGCUUCUAUGAAGUCACCCCCCCCAUCCUGUGAGCCUCUGAUCUCGAGAAUGGACAGGAGCCACCAUGUGUUAUCAGGCCUGCACUGUGUAACUACUGUGUAGAUUCAGGAAGACCAUGGGAGACUCAGGAAGAGAACCGGGAACUGGGGAAAGUUAGGAGGAACCAUGACAACCACAGGGGGGCAGUGUCCCCAUGGGCUCGCCUGGAAUGUGUAGGACCAACAAAGUAGAGAGGUCAGCCAAGGACAGCACACCCCUCUCUCUUGCACCCAGCAAAAAGCCUCUCUCCCUCUACCUAACUUGGGCUUCUUAUGCAGGGACGUCUGUAGGCAAGAGACACACAUGGUCAUCACCCAUUUCACAUACCACUCCUAUCACAGGUACAUAUACACACAUUUUACACAGAAAUGAGAUUUUUCCCCCUCUUUCAGGCCUGCUAGCCCUGGCCAGAUAGCUCAGUUGGUUAGAGCAUUGUCCCAAUACACCUAGGUUUCAGGUUUGAUCCA